UUCUUCAGUCUCUUGCAUCAGUUCGAUUUUCCCCUUUUUCCAUUCGCCUUUCUUGUUUGUUCGUUUAACCAUUGCAUAAAAACGCUGCCGAGAUUGUUGUGUAUGGCGAAGAUUUUGAAUUUCGAUGGGUUUUUUUGAUAGGCUGUUCAGAUUCUAGAGGGGGCAAUUUUUUGAAUUUGAAGUAGGAUUCGUGCAAUGUUUCACGGGAAUGUGGAAUUUCUAAACCUCGAAGAGGAUUUUUAAAAACUCCAGCCAUUCUACUACAUUCUUGAACUUGACGGCUGGUAGUCUCUUCAGUCUCUUGCUUUAGUUCGAUUUUUUUUUCCCCCUUUUCUUGUGCGUUAAGUUGGAUUCCUGUUGUUGUUGUGUUGGUCGUUCCGAUUCAAAGGAAGAGAUGAACAAGCAAUUAGUGAAACUGCGUGCUGUCUCCAUUUGAUUGCUUCAAGAUUUGCGUGUGCUUGCAAUUUCGUUGGGAUUCUGCAGGGUAGAUCAUGCCUUGUUCUUCUCCCUUGUAUCAUGCGCUCAGUGAUCUUUUUUUUGUUCCCAUUUAGGGAUAAAAUGAAAUGAUAUAUCAAGCUUGAAUUAGAUUUCCAGGCUUCAGUUACCAGUAUUUCUAAAGUGAUGGACUUUCUUUCUGUUCACUUUGUCUGCUCAAAAACUUUGUCGAAACUGAUGCUUCUGAUCUAGAUGCAUUUCAUUUCACUAGCACCAGCUAUAAACUUGCUGCAAGGGUAGUUUACAGAUUGUUAACUCUCUUUUUUUUCUUCACGUGUGCAGGAAAGGUGCAGAUGUGAAGUUUCUGUCUUCUUUUCCUCAAGCUGAUAAGAGAAUUAGACAACUAGUUCAGCUGUGCUAUUGAAAAUUUCAAGCUGCGAUCAAGGCAAUGACAUUGCUCGUACUAUCAUAAGAGUGUCAGAGAAUCAUGGCAUCGCAAAUGCUGAAAGCCAAAGAUGAAAGCAUGCCGGAAACAAAACAAUUCCAUCAGCAGAAGAAAAGAAUCACAACUCAGAUUCAUUCCUCAAAAUCCCCCAGCAAGUCAUCCUCCCCUAGUAGAAUAAAGAAUAUUGACCUUUUAGAGAAGGUUGGGGCACUAAAAACAGAAAAGCUCCCUCGACAAACUGCUAAAGAUAGGGGAGGUAUCAAGAAGAACUCAGUUAUAUCAUCUUUAGGGACUCCUCAAAAGCCAUGGCCUGGUAGGAAGGUUACUGAGAUGGAUGAAACAGUUAAGAACAUGUCCAAUGUGCCCUUUUAUCUUCAACGCACGGAGAAAGGCGAUAGUAUCCACGAGAAAGCACUGAAUGUUGGAGUUCUCGAGUGGGGGCUUCUUGAGAGAUGGACACACCUUCAGAAAUGUGGCACGGAUGCAAGGGGUGGUGAUUCUUCGUCUAAGUGUACUGAGUCCACUAUGUUUUCUACAUUUGAUUUUUCUAGCCCUCUCUAUCAAAGGAAGAAAUCUUCUGUUCUUGAUCAUAAGAAAAACUCAUUCCCGAGCAGCCCAACUAUGAUGCGAGAAGAGCAAGUAUAUAGACCGAUAGAAGCCUUUUAUAAUUCAAGGUUCUCUUCGACUAUGCUUCCUAGUCAACAUGAUAAUCAUCUUGAUGUGGUUUUUGAUCCUUUGGGCCACAAAAAUGACAAAGAUAUCUGUACAGGUUUAGAUUCUGAAGGUGCGCCCGUUGAAUUACGCCGAGGAUCACAUUCUACCACUUCACCUUCAAGAGAUAAUACCGAUCAGGCUACUGUAAUCAGUAUUGGAGAAGACCAUGACUGUAGCUCGACGAACAUUAUUCCCUUGGCCAAGGAUACAAUGCCUCUUUUUGACGACGAUGAAGAGAUUUGGGGUUUCCUUCAACAUAGUGCGGAUGGUAAACAGCCUUGUUCUGGAUCUACAAUAACUACUGACUGCUGGCAAAGCGAGUCAAACAGCAAAAGCCAGUUGGGCAAUCUGGUUGAGGAUUUUGAGAUCAUUUACAGAUUUUCUGAGGUUCCUCACUCAUGCCCACUUCCUCUGGCCAUUGUGAAUGAUGAACCCGAUGUGUCGUGCGAUGUUCCAUCAGUAGGUGUGGCACCAACUGAUAAACCAGUUCAAGGAAAUGGGGGCAUUCCUAGUGCUUCUUGUGAGAAACUUGAGUCCUGUACCACCCAGAAACCAAGAAAAUUUGAAGCCAAAGCAAUUGCUUCAGCAGGGAAGAAGUCGACAGUUUAUCCAUCUAGCACUGGAGCAAAUAGGAUGAGCAGGAGUUCUAGUUUGAAGACUGGCUCAUCGGAAGAACUAUUCGAGUCGAUCUCGUUUCUGUACAAUUCCCAUGGAGAGCAAGUAACCAGGAAUAGUAAAGGUAGACAAAGUCCAUUGAGGAGGCUACUAGAUCCGAUAAUGAAGCCAAAGAACAACCUUCAUUUGACUGGGAAAGUUGCAGACUUACCUGGUCACUAUUCUGGUGAACUACAAACUGAUAAAUCAUUCCCAAGAGUGAACAAGCCAUUGAACACAACUUUUGGUUCUAUGUGCCAGACAAGAGAAAGUGUUAUUACUUCGAAGGAAUUACCUUAUAAUGGCAAGGGAACUCAAAAUGACAAAAACUAUGCCACAAUGAUGAAGCAAGCUCUUCUUCAUCUGGCUUGGAAGAAUGGGCUUCCUUUGUUCAUGCUUUCUUGCGAUGGUGAAGUACUUGCUGCAGCAAUAACGACAACUAGUACCUCCAACAUCGACAAUCUAGAGUGCAUGUUUACUAUAUUCUCCAUAGAUGGAUCCAAGAAGAAAAACACAUUUUGGCACAACUCUGGAAACAAGUGCAAGCAGCAUCAGUUGAUCUCAAAUGUUGUCGGUCAGUUGAAUGUUGCACUUGGUGAGGUGAAGAGCUUGUUGUACGGCAGUUUUGAUUCUGUAAGAGAGUUUGUCCUGCUUGAUGCUUCCAAGUCUGUUGACUCUCGAGCUGUGAGUGAGCUUGCUGCCAUGGUUGUUCAGAUACCACCAUAUAGAAAACCUAAUUUAUGGACUAUAAGUGCAGCAAAUGGUGAGAAAAGUUUAAAUUCUGAUCAGCACAAUGUGAUAGGGCAAUCUAGUAUAUCAGUCAUAAUACCGAGCGGCAUUCAUGGCUUGGCCACAGAUGGGGAGCCCUCGAGUUUGAUAGAAAGAUGGAGGUCUGGAGGGGUUUGUGAUUGCGGAGGUUGGGAUGAGGGCUGCACCUUGAACAUUCUUAGCAACAAGUUUCAAGAGCACAAUUCAUGUGGCUCAUUCCAACCUUGUCAAACUACCAAUGGUACUCAUCGGUUAGAACUAUUCACUCAGGGAGCAUCUCGGGAAACAAGACAAGCCUUCAGCAUGGUUUCUUUCCAAGAGGGGCUCUACACUGUUGAUUUCCAAUCAUCAAUUUCUCAACUUCAGGCCUUCGCAAUCUGUUUAGCAGUCAUCCAUGGCAAAAGGUCCUGCAUUAGUUCAACCCCACGAAAGAGCUUGCAGGAGCACAUUGUCAACGAUCGGUUAGGGAAAUAUCCUUCCACCCAAGCAGGCAAUCCUAACAGCUAUGUGCCAAAUCAUCCUCCUGUUUCUCCUGUUGGAAGAACUUAAAAAAUACAAGCCUCUCAAACACCAUGAAGUUGAGCACUCUAUCAGUAUCGUACCACCACUCCAGAACUAGGUAGCUUCCAUCUCUUUAAGCAACUUGUAUAUCAUCUCCUUGUUUUUUCAUGUAAAGAAAACUAUAUUUCUCAGUCA